GUCAUACCAAACACUAAUCAUUGCCCAAUUCGAGUCUCCCGCUUAUAAACCUAUACACUUCCCAACCCUAACACUUCCAUUUCUCUCUCACUCUCUCUAAAACCCUAGAGUUUUGUCUAUAUUCCUCUUUUCUCGAAUCAGCAAUGGAAUUCUGGGGUGCUGAGGUGAAAAGUGGACAACCUUUAACUGUUCAACCUGGAGAUGAUAUGGUUUUGCAUCUUUCACAGGCAUCUCUUGGUGAAGCAAAAAAGGAUAAAGGAUCGGAACCUGUAUGCUUGUCUGUGAAUGUUGAUGGAAAGAAACUUGUUCUUGGAACACUCAACUUAGAUAAGCUGCCUCAACAACAAUUUGACCUGGUUUUUGAUAGAGACUUUGAACUAUCACACAACUGGAAAAAUGGUAGUGUCUACUUCUUCGGAUACAAGGCAGCUAACCCAUACGAGCAGGAGGACGAUGAAGAAGAUGAAGAUGAGUCUGAUGAGGAAAUACCCCUUACUCUUGCCAACAUUGGAAAGGCUGAAGCUAAGGCUAGUGCAAACGAUUCUACUUCAGGUAAGCAGAAGGUGAAGAUUGCAGAACCUAGUAAAGAUGCAAAGGCGGAUGAUGAAGAUGAUAGCAGUGAUGAAGAUGAUACGUCUGAGGAUGAAGAAGAUUCUGAGAUGGGGGAGGAUGAAGAUGAUAGUGAUGAAGAUAAGUCUGAUGAGGAGACACCAAAGAAGGCUGAGCCUAGCAAAAAGCGACCUGCAGAUUCAGCAACAAAAACUCCUGCACCCGAUAAAAAGGCAAAAUUUGCAACACCUCAAAAGGCUGAUGGUAAGAAAGGUGCUGUCCAUGUGGCAACGCCUCACCCCUCAAAACAGGCCGGUAAGACUCCUGGAAACAAGUCAAACCAGACUCCAAAAUCUGGCGGAGCUCUUGCCUGCAAGACAUGCAACAGGACUUUUGGUUCUGAAACUGCUCUAGAAUCUCACUCAAAAGCUAAGCACAGUGCCGGGAAGUAAAUUGGCGGAGAAUCGUUUGCCUGGAGAUGUUAGUUUUGUUUUAUCAACGUUGGAGGGAAUGAUAAUCAGAAGAGUGUGUUAGUAUUUAGUAUAUCUUUGUUGAUUUACCCUAUGUAAAGCAAGAGUUAGGACCAAUUUUGCUGCAUACUGGUACUAGUGAAGGUUUAUUUUGAUGUUGACAGUUAUGUUGGUUGAGAUUCGAUUCAAAUUAAUGGUCGUUACCUAUUGGUAUUUUGCUA